AAGCAGAGGGUGCAUAGGAAAUACAAAGGGCUUGUCAGAGACAUCCAGAAACAGGGCAGGUCACUGAACUUACAAGGGUGUGGAUUCUGAGAGCGCAGUGGAUUGGUCGACAAUGCUUGCCGAAUUUGCUGUGAUUCUCCUAGUGGCCAGUGUUUGUAAAGGCCUUCCAUUCUAUAAUGGAUUCUACUACGAGCAUAUCCUCAACAACAAAACAAAUAAUGGCAAUGGAGAGGUGAUUCACUUCAAUGGUGUGAGGCUCGUGGUAAACACUCCAGAUGACCCUCUUUUUGGCUACCGCGGUGGGAACGUUACCCUGCCAUGUACAUUUCAUUAUGAGCCCAAGUUAAACUCCACUAGAAGGCACCGUGUCAAAUGGUCAAAACUGCACAAGGAUAAUACCAAGGAGAGAGAUGUGAUGGUGGCUAUUGGAUUAAGGCACAGGAGCUUCGGGGAAUACAAGGGGCGAGUGCAUCUGAUUCAGAAUAAGCCCAAUGAAGUCUCCUUGGUCAUCACUGAUUUGCGCCUGGAGGAUUAUGGAAACUACAAGUGUGAGGUCAUUGAUGGACUAGAAGACGAAAGUGGAAUUGUAGAACUGGAGUUAAGAGGUGUUGUCUUUCCCUAUCAGCCUCAUGGUGGAAGGUACCAGCUUAACUUCCAUGAUGCCAAAAAAGCUUGUGAAGAUCAAGACGCCAUGAUGGCUUCAUUUGAACAGCUCUUUAAGGCCUGGGAGGAAGGACUGGAUUGGUGUAAUGCUGGCUGGUUGAUGGAUGGCACCGUUCAGUAUCCUAUUACUUUGCCCAGAGAACCUUGUGGUGGGAAAGAAACUGCCCCUGGUGUUAGAAGCUAUGGAGAACGCCACAAGCAACUGCACAGAUAUGAUGCUUUCUGCUUCUCUUCUGCUCUGAAGGGAAAAGUUUACUAUCUAGAGCACCCUGAGAACAUGAAUUAUGCUGAGGCCAAAGCAGCGUGCCAAGACGAUGGAGCACAAAUUGCCAAGGUUGGACAGCUCUUUGCUGCAUGGAAAUUCAUUGACUUAGAUCGCUGUGAUGCAGGCUGGUUGGAUGACGGUAGUGUCAGGUAUCCCAUAGCCUUUCCCCGUCCUAACUGCGGCCCACCUGAACCUGGAGUUAGGAGCUUUGGAUUCCCAACAAGACAUAUGAAGUUUGGUGUCUACUGCUACAAGAUGAGUUAAAUACAAAAAGAUUUGACACUUUGGACCUUGUGUGAUAUACAUUCCCAUUACCUCAGGAUGAACCUGAAUAACAUGGAAAUGAAUACAUGACAAUAUAUGUCUUGAGACAGUAUCUCAGGCCAACCAAUGACACGACAUAAGCUUGGAUAUUAUGUGUUUUUAACAGAUAUCAUUAUUUUCUCCCUAAAUGACAAAACUAUACAUUUCCCUUCUUGAAUGAUCUAUUCUAACACAUUCCACAAAGAUGAAAAUAUAUUAAAAAAAAACACUAGAUGGCUGGUUGAGACUCAUGUCUCUGCCUUCUGACUCUAUUAUUGAUCAACAGCUUAACAACGUCCCUUGUGAGUGAGCUUUCUAAUAUACACAUGGUGAGACAUCAGCAGAGAGAUGACAGUAGGCACUGACCAUUGUAGCUGGCAGUUCCUCGUAAAUUCCUCAUAAAAGUGACAUAUGUUGUUGGUAUUGGCACAUCCCAGUAUAUGAGGAUGAAUUUAACAUCCUCUUAUGCUGAAAUUCUUCUGUCUUGGAUCAGAUGUUACAGUACUUUAUUGAGACCCAAUUGUUUUGGGGCUACCUCAGAUAUAAAUAUAAUAAAUGUGUUCUGUGGCAUGUUUUUAUUUUGUUUGGUCCUAGUGGCAUACAGCUUUAUACAUACAGGGACCUAGGAAGAAUAACAAUGAUACAUUAUAAAUCCAUGCACACAACCCUUACUUUGAACCUUGUCAUAAUCUUGGGAUGUUGGGUUUUAUGUAGGUAAUCACAAGUCACUGUUUGUAUUUACAGCCUGCCAUGUCUAUGCAACAAUGUUAAUGCACGCGACUAUUCUGACAAGGCUAUAAUUUGCAAGUUGAUAUAUGUAUAUAUAUAUAUAUAUAUAUAUAUAUAUAUAUAUAUAUAUAUAUAUAUAUAUAUAUAUAUAUAUAUAUAUUAUCUAGGGAGUUUCAUUCCCACUAUAAUAAAAUAUAAGGAUAAUAGAAGUGCUUUUUUACAGGUCAUGGGACUCUGAUGUGACUUCUAGUAUCCUCAUAUUUUACAACGGGGAUGGGGGUACAUUCAUUUUUUAUAAUAGAAAGUUUCAGUGAGUCAUGUAAAAGAAAUCACUAAGCACCAUUAUAAGGAUAUAAUCUGAAGUAUAAAUGUAUCCAGGCUCACAUAGCUUUCCAGAUAAACCUCUUGAGGUCACUGUCCAGUUAUUUUCCAGUUAAAAGACAAAUAUUAUUAUAUGAACAUGAAUGCGUUGGGUUAUAUAGCCUGAUCCUGUGGAGGGGUGAAAAAUAUAUGCAAGAUAAAGAUUCUACAAUAGUCCCUCAUUGGUUUUUGAUUCAAAUGAUAAUGUGUAAGAUUUGUUAUUUAAUAAAAUGAGAGAAAUAAGGGGUCUAUCAUUAAGACAGGGGGGGCAGAAGUGCAAGAGGAGCACUAAGGAGGUGCAAGAGAACGCCACUUACUACUCGUGCAAAGAGCACGUCAGUAACCUUUGCGGCCUGCACUCACUGCGCUCCCUAACGUGUGCGUCUGAAUGAUGUGCAAAUUAAAGGGUGCAAAACUUUGGUCUUUAUUGUGACUAUCUUUACAUACACCCUGUCCCACUCUGACUAUAUCUUCUCAAGAGGUAAAAUUUGUGUUAAAUACAGAGGAACUUUUUACAUUUAUCUUUAUUUUUAACACUCUGUAAUAUAAAGUUUUGAUUUGUUUUUAUACCUCCGAAAUGCUAUGUUGUUUAUUGUAUUAUUCUGAUUAAAAUGUUACCCCUCGAA